CCUUCUGUGCUGCUUGAUGGCUCGUACAUGGCCUCUUUUGUUGACUAAUGCAGCAGGGCAAAAGAGAGGCAUUUAAAAAAAGGGGAUUUGAAAAAGAGUAAAGGGAAUCCAUAGACGCGUGGGAUGGAAAAUCAUCCGGGAUAUUUGUGCACCAACCCUCAUGAGCUCUACUAUCGGAGAAUGCAGAGGGUGAGGGAGAAAAUGACAGAUCAGAAUCAGUUUAAGAGGAGGCUGAGAGUGUGUGUGGCAACAUGCAACCGAGCAGACUACUCCAAGCUGGCCCCCAUCAUGUUUGGCAUCAAAUCAAACCCUGAGGAGUUUGACCUGGAAGUCGUGGUGCUUGGUUCACAUCUCAUCGAUGACUAUGGGAACACUUUUCGCAUGAUCGAGCAGGAUGACUUUGACAUCGGCUCCAAGCUCCACACCAUCGUGAGAGGAGAGGAUGAGGCAGCCAUGGUGGAGAGCGUCGGGCUGGCCCUGGUGAAACUCCCUGAUGUCCUGCAGAGGCUGCGCCCUGACAUCCUGAUCAUCCAUGGUGACCGCUUUGAUGCACUCGCCCUGGCGACUGCUGCAGCACUGAUGAACAUUAGAAUACUUCACUUGGAGGGUGGAGAGGUGAGUGGUACUAUUGAUGACUCGAUCCGCCACGCUAUAAGUAAACUGGCCCAUUACCACGCCUGCUGCACACCCCGGGCGGAGCAGUACCUCAUCGCCAUGUGUGAGGACCACUCUCGCAUCUUGCUGGCUGGCUGCCCUUCCUAUGAUAAGCUGCUGUCAACUCAUCACAAAGACGACUACAUGGAUAUUAUCAGGAGCUGGCUGGGUGACAAGGUGCAGAGGCAUGAUUACGUGGUGGCUUUGCAGCACCCAGUCACCACAGACAUCCAGCACUCCAUAAAGAUAUAUGGACUAAUGCUGGAUGCCCUCAUCUCCUUCAACAAGAAGACCCUCAUCCUCUUCCCAAACAUUGAUGCCGGCAGUAAGGAGAUGGUGCGUGUGAUGAGGAAAAAGGGCAUCGAGCAGCACCCCAACUUCCGAGCGGUGAAGCACAUUCCCUUUGAGCAGUUCAUCCAGCUGGUUUGCAACGCCGGCUGCAUGAUCGGAAACAGCAGCUGUGGCGUGCGAGAGGCAGGGGCCUUCGGCACCCCCGUCAUUAACCUGGGAACCAGGCAGACUGGCAGAGAGACAGGUGAAAAUGUUCUACAUGUCAGGGAUGCUGAUACCCACAAUAAGAUCUACCACGCUCUGGAGCUGCAGUUUGGGAAGAGAUAUCCCUGCUCUAAGAUUUAUGGCGAUGGCAAUGCCGUGCCUCGUAUUCUCAAAUUCCUGCGCACCAUUGACCUGGACGAGCCCCUCCAGAAGACCUUCUGUUUCCCGCCGGUGAAAGACUCCAUCUCCCAAGACAUCGAUCACAUCCUGGAGACACAGAGCGCUCUCUCCGUUGACCUGGGAGGGACCAACCUCAGAGUGGCUAUCAUCUGCAUGCAGGGUAAGAUAGUCAAGAAGUAUGCUCAGCCAAACCCAAAGACCUUUGAGGCCAGAAUGCAUCUCUUAUUAAAGAUGUGCUCUGAUGCCAUGCGGGACGCCGUGAGCCUCAACUGCAGAAUACUUGGUGUUGGAGUGUCCACAGGUGGACGUGUAAACCCACAAGAAGGUGUGGUCCUGCACUCAACAAAGCUGGUCCCGGAAUGGUCCUCGGUGAACCUGAGAACACCCAUCUCUGAUGCCCUGCACCUCCCGGUCUGGGUCGACAACGACGGCAACUGCGCCGCGUUGGCUGAGAGGAAGUUCGGUCACGGCAAAGGAGUGGAGAACUUUGUGACCAUCAUCACAGGAACAGGUAUUGGAGGCGGAAUCAUCCAUAACAGUGAGCUGGUCCAUGGCAGCUCCUUCUGCGCCGCAGAGCUGGGUCACAUCAUGGUUUCCUUAGAAGGCCCAGAGUGCUCGUGUGGCAGCCGUGGAUGCAUUGAGGCCUACGCGUCCGGCCAGGCCCUGCAGAGAGAGGCCAAGAGGCUGCACGACGAGGACCUGCUGAAGGUGGAGGGGAUGGAUAUGAAACUUUCUGAGCCUAUCACCGCUGCCCACCUCAUCAGGGCAGCCAAACUGGGGAACUCAAAAGCGAACGCUGUCCUGAACAGGGCCUGCACAGCUCUCGGCGUGGGCAUUGUCAACAUCCUCCACGUGGUGAACCCAUCACUGGUGAUCCUGUGUGGAGUUUUGGCCUCUUACUACGAGACUCCUGUGCAGCACAUCAUCACUGAGAGAGCCCUCAUCUCCGCCCAGGGCAUCAAAGUUGUCACAUCAGACUUGGAGGAACCUGCAUUACUUGGAGCUGCCAGUAUGGUUUUAGACUAUGCAACUAGAAGAACAUAUUGAAGGAAAUAGUCAUGAUUUGCUGAGGACCGUUACUAAAACCAGCAAACCAACACUGAAAGGAAAGUAGUACCUGUUAUGCCUAUAUAUACCUAUGUCGAUAUAGAUAUAUAUAGGAUACAUUUUAUAGAGUGAAUGUAAAUGUGUCAUUGUUAAGGAAAAUUCUAAUAUUUUAUAUAUUCUCAUUUUGUAUGUCCUAAUUGUUCAUAACCUGGAUGAGUUAGGUACUGUUUACUUUUGUUUUCCACAAAAAUACAUUUUGUCACAUCUGAGAGAAUCACGCCUUGACUAGGUCAAAUGUAACUUCAUGUAUGAGGUUGGUACACUGCAUGUUGGAAAUGCUAAAAGAAAAAAUUCACAGGGCUACAAUCAACCUCAAAUCCAUUUUCAAGCCAGGACAUGCCCACUUUACUUGUAAUGUGACUUCUCACAGAGAGGUCAGCUAAGAAAUGGGAACACUUGUUUCAGAUGUUUGUCAGAAUUGGUUAUGCAGAUCAAAAUAAAUAUUUCAAUAUUGCUUAAGGUUGUUUUUUAAGUCUGGGAUGUUGUUGUCAUCUUUUGGGAUUUAAAGAUUUUAUUUAGACUUGAGUUGUAUGGAACAUGUACAGCCUUUAAACAUCUGAACAAAUACGUGUCAAUUGAGGUAAAAUGUAUGUAAAAGAAAAAGAAGAAAGCUGAUAGAGGGAUGAUGUAUUUCUGGGAUCCAGGAGAAGAAAGCCCUGCUGCUGUUGCCAGAAGUUAAUUUAGCUUGUAACAGUGCCUGCAAAGUUUCUUAGUGCAUAAUGUUAAAAAACUGGAUAUUUGAAAUUGACCAAAAUAGCCACAUAUAAUGUAUGUGACUCCCUUCUACACCUGGGUCUUGCACUCAAGUUAAUGCACUGCUGUGCUUUAAAAUCAGUCUGCCCUCCGUUGGGUCUUUAGUGUGACACUUUCAUGGAGCUUUUUUAUUCAUCAUGUGUUUAGUUAUUACUUCACAACAAGGAUGUUAUUUUUCCCCUUUGUCCUACUAAGCAGAUUUCCACGAAACUUGGUGGAAGGAUUGGACAUGGGCCAAGAAAGAACCAUUUAAAUGUUGACACACAUCUGGACAAAUGAGCGGAUGCAGGACCGUUUUUUCACUUUCAUUGACAUUUCCAAGGGAAUAAUACAUAGAUUAAGAUGAAAACAAUCUGCUCAGCUAUAUUUUGGUGAUUGAUGUGUUUAACUGUGAUGUGUGACUUAAAGAGGUCUGUUGGGCCACGGGGAAGAUAUGCAUAACCUAAUCCUAGAUUACAGCCAUCAUUAAAAAAAAUGUAUGGACUUUUU